UGCCACUUGAUUAAUGGCUCUCGUAGAGUUCCUUAGUGGAUUUUUCUCGCAGAGACUGGUGUGUAUUUGUACAUGCGCAAUGCUAUCAGAAAUCGACAUACGCGGAAUACGAGCUUAGCGUGUUAUUUCCAAUUUUAUUCUACGAAAUUUUAAUUUAUUUAAUUGUACUUUAGCUGCCAUCAGCUGUUGCCGCUUUUUGUUCUGUUGUGCUGAGAGACAUACAUAUGUACGUACAGAGUGCCAACGCUUUAUGGCAUAAGCGGCAUGAAAGUUUUGUCAUGACGUUUCAGUUAAGAUUAUACUUGAGUUCGAUGAAAACGUUAACUGUGCAGAAAGUUUUAUUACAGAACUACAAUUUAGUUAGUUAAAUACAUAAGAUAAGAAAAGUUACACUUCAAUAAAUAUUAAAGUGUUUGUGUUUUUUGACGAUUUACGAUUUGCGAUUUGUGCGAUUUGCGAUUCGAACACGCAAACUCGUACAUAAGGAACUAACCUACUUUCGACUUGUUGCCUUCGAACGGAUGUGAAGUGAAAAAUGCAAGCAUGGCUACGCAUAUCCUUGUUACUGUGUUCUUUUGGCUUCUUUCGAGAGAUGCGUCCCUCCGAGCCGUUUGUAACAGAGUACCUAACCGACAGCUGGCAUAAUAUUACCAGCGAACAGGUGAACAAAGAGAUCUAUCCAUUCGGCACAUAUGCUGUGCUAUCACAGCUGGUCAUUGUGUUUCUUGUCACGGAUAUACUACGUUAUAAGCCGAUAAUAGUUUUAUCAGCCUGUGCUGGUAUAAUACUUUUCGCUAUAUUAAGUUGGACUAAUACAAUACCAGAACUGCAAAUUGGACAAAUAUUUUAUGGCUUUUUCAUGGCCAGUGAAGUGGCUUAUUACACUUACAUAUAUGCCAAAGUUGAUAAAAAUCGCUAUCAGAUUGUAACAGGUCACACGCGUUCCGCUAUACUUGCUGGAAAAUUUUUAGGUGGUGUUUUGGCGCAAAUUUUGAUAUCUACUGAAUCUAUGGAUUACAGGGGAUUGCACUUUAUAUCAUUUGGUUCACAAGUUAUCUCUUUAUUCAUAGCACUUACUUUACCUGCUGUCAACAAAAGCCUGUAUUUCUUUGCAGAGGAAGGAAGUGAUUCCUUACCAGAGUUAAAAGCAGAAGAAGUGAAAAAUGAACUCGAAUUAACAUGUGAAUCAGUGGAGACAGAUAACAUACAAAACACCACAUCAUCGGUAACAACUAAGGAGCCUAAAUUCUCUUGGAGUAGAGCUUUUCGUCUUUUACUGCAACACACUGUAACAGCUUACAGCAAUCCAACAGUAGUUAAAUGGAGCUUUUGGUGGGCACUAGCUACUUGCGGGCAAGUACAAGUGAUAUCCUAUGUACAAUUUCUUUGGAAGGAAAUCGAUCCAUAUCAUGAAAGCUUCUAUAAUGGUGCUGUGGAAGCAACAGUAACUUUGCUGGGCGCAGUUGGCGCAAUGACGGCAGGUUUUAUGAAUAGUAACCGUCAUAAGGAGUGGCACAUGUGGAUAUUAACGAUAUGUUCAUUAUUAAUGGGUGCCUUCUUGAUUAUAUCAGCCAUAACGAACUUAGUGUGGAUAGCUUAUGCCAUGUACGUACUGUUUGGCAUCUUUUAUUUCUUUGUUAUUACUAUAGCGACUGCUAUAGUUGCGGAAAAUCUUUGCGAUGACAGCUUUGGAUUGAUUUUUGGUAUUAACACUUUAGUAGCACUGGCAUUGCAAACAAUACUAACACUUGUGGUUGUCACGGAUGCAGGAUAUGCUUUACAGCCCCGCAGUCAAUAUAUUGUGUAUGGCAGUUAUUUUGUAGCCCUAGCAAUUUUGUAUUGCUUAGCAGUCAUGGUUCGAUUCAUUUUUGAUAGUUUUAAUUGUUGGAAAUGUAAAACAAAAAGACGUUUCGAUAUAAGUUAGAAUGAUGAUAUAUAUAAAAAUAAACUUAAAACUUAUUUAAACAAAUGAAAUACUCGCCAAGUACUUAAUGUACAAAAUUAGUCUUUAAGCUUAUAAAAUAAAAAA